UUUCUGUACAAUACGUGAAAAGCGAAGUUUGAUUUAAAUCCUAGAACUGCUUCACCCAUGUUUUCCAUUCGAAAUGCAAACCUGUUAAACGAGUUUAUUCCGAAAGUGAAACUGUUUGGUGAGACUCCAUUUUGUGCGAAGACAAUCACGAACAAGCCAGAUAGAAAAGCUGUAAAAAAUGUGAAUCAGAUUGAGGGCAGAUCGGUUUAAUGCUGUUAUCCAGAGACAGAAUGGAUUUAUGAACUGAAUUAAGUUUGUUUUUCAUGUUCUUCAUUGUUGAGAGAGAGCACCGCCUGUAAAAUGAGUCUUUUUGAGAAGAGAGAGGAGGAGGAGGAUGGCCACGCACAUAAAGCAGCAUCUCCAGAAGCCAGCUGUGUGUCUAUGAAGAGUGACAGAUCUUUGCUCUCUCCUCCUUUGUUCAGUGAUGCAGCAGUGACCUCUGAUGUUGACACUGCCUGUAAAACGAGUGACUAUGAGAAGAGAGAGGGGGGGGAUGUUCACACACAAAAAGCAGCAUCUCCAGAACCCAGCUGUUUGUCUAUGAAGAGUGACAGAUCUUUGCUCUCUCCUCCUUUGUUUAGUGAUGCAGCAGUGACCUCUGACCCUGUAGUGAAAAGAGACAAAGUGGUCAAAUCAGUGACACCUCGUUUGACCUGUACUAACUCUCACAUUCAGACCCUUUUCAGGCAAGGAGUCAAAGACAAACACAAAACCAGCAUGAAGAAGUAUGAGAGCUUAUUUGAGGGAAUCAAACAUGAAGAAAAUCAAACCCUCUUAAACAGUAUCUACACACAGCUCUACAUCAUAGAGGGAGAGAGUGAAAGAGUGAAUGAAGAACAUGAAGUUAUACAGAUGGAGAAAACAGACAGAACACAAGACAGUCCUCUCUGCUAUAAUGACAUCUUCAAACCCCUACAUGACCCGGGAUGUGAGGAGAAAGACAACAUCAAGGCUGUUCUUACUAAAGGAAUUGCUGGAAUUGGAAAAACCAUCUCUGUGCAGAAGUUCAUUCUGGACUGGAGCGAGGGAAAAGCCAAUCAGGAUGUAGAUUUCAUAUUUGUGCUUCCAUUUCGAGAGCUGAGCUUGAUUAAAGAUCACCAGUACAGUCUUCACAGACUUCUGCAAGGCUUUCAUCCUGAACUUCAAGAUCUAGACGCAAAGAUUUAUGAGGAGUCUAAAGUUGUAUUUAUCUUCGAUGGUCUGGAUGAGAGCAGAAUUACACUGACGUUUUCAUACAUACAAAAAGUUUGUGAUGUGAAUGAGUCUUCAUCAGUGGGUGUGUUGAUUUCAAACCUCAUCAGAGGAGACCUGCUUCCCUCUUCUCUCAUCUGGAUCACCUCCAGACCAGCAGCAGCCAAUCAGAUCCCCUCAAAAUACAUCAACCGUGUGACAGAAAUUCAGGGAUUCAAUGAUCUUCAGAAAGAGGAAUAUUUCAGGAAGAGAAUCAGUGACGAACAUCAAGCCAGCAGAAUCAUCUCUCACAUUAAAAGAUCAAGAAGCCUCCACAUCAUGUGUCACAUCCCCGUCUUCUGCUGGAUCUCAGCCACUGUGCUUCAAAACCUCCUGAAACAAAAUGACAGAGCAAAAGUCCCUCAAACUUUGACUGAAAUGUACAUCCACUUCCUGCUGACUCAGAUCAACAUGAGGAAUCAGAAAUAUUAUCAGAGAGGUCCAGAGGAUCUGUUGAAGUCCAAUACAGACAUGAUUGUGAAACUUGCUACACUGGCUUUCAAUCAGCUGAUGAAGGGCAAUGUGAUGUUUUAUGAGGAGGACCUGAUUGAAAGCGGCAUAGACGUCACUGAUGCCUCAGUGUAUUCUGGGAUUUGUACUGAGAUCUUUAAGGAGGAAUCUGUGGUUCAUCAGAGGAAAGUCUACUGCUUCAUACAUCUGAGCUUUCAAGAGUUUCUUGCUGCUUUCUAUGUGUUUUAUUCAUAUGUAGUCAGGAACAUGGAAUCACUCAAAUUGUUUUUGAAAGGAUACAAUUGGUACAGUCGUGAAAUCUCUCUGUUUGAGCUGCUAGAAGGCACGGUUGAUAAAUCAUUCCAGAGUGGAAAUGGACACCUUGAUCUUUUCCUGCGGUUCCUGCUGGGCAUCUCACUAGAGUUCAACCAGAGACUCUUUCAGGAUCUACUGACACAUACAUUGAAUAGCUCAGAGGCCAUCAAAAGAAUCACAAAGUACAUUAAAAAGAAAAUCAAUAGUGAUGAAUGUCUCUCAAAUGAUAGAUGCAUCAAUCUGUUCCUCUGUCUGCUAGAAAGUAAUGAUCAGAGUCUAUACAGAGAAAUUCAGAAGUUUGUGAAAUCAGAGAAUUGCUCAGUAAAUCAAUUGUCUCCGUCUCACUGCUCAACAAUCACCUACAUGCUUCAAAUAUCAGAGGUGAUGGAUGAGUUUGACCUGAAAAAAUACAACACAUCAGAUGAAGGUAGAAGGAGACUGAUACCAGCUGUGCUGAACUGCAGAAAAGCUCUACUUGUUGACUGUAAUAUCACUGGUCAGUGCUGUGAAAUAUUGUCUUCAUCUAUACAAUCAUUAAACUCCUCACUGAGAGAGCUGGACCUGAGUAACAAUGACCUGCAGGAUUCAGGAGUGAAACUGCUCUCUGAUGGAUUGAAGAGUUCACACUGUCAACUCAACAUACUGAGAUUAUCUGGCUGUAUGGUGACGGAGGAAGGCUGUUGUUUUCUGGCUUCAGCUCUGAGUUCAAACCCCUCACACCUGAGAGAGCUGGAUCUGAGCUACAAUCAUCCAGGACCAUCAUUAGUCAAGCUGCUCUCUGAUCCAAACUACAGACUGGAAAAACUCAAUGUGGAUCAUGCAGGAGAGUUCAGGAUUAGAAGAGGACCCCAAAAAUAUGCAUGCGAUCUCACACUGGAUUUAAACACAGUAAACACUUGUCUCACUCUGUCUAAGAGGAACAGAAAGGUGAAACUUGUGACAAAGAAGCAUUUGUAUCCUGAUCAUCCAGACAGAUUUGAGUGUCCUCAGGUUCUGUGUGUAGAGAGUCUGACUGGACGCUGUUACUGGGAGGCUGAAUGGAGCGGGGGGGAAGGGGUUAAUAUAUCAGUGACAUAUAAAGGAAUCAGCAGGAAAGGAUGCAGUGAUGACAGUUGGUUUGGGUACAACAAAAAGUCAUGGAGUUUGAUCUGUAUUAAAAACAACUUCAUCGCCAAAUACAAUAAAAAUAUCACACUCAUACCUGUCACUUCAGAUCAUGCUAACAGAGUAGGAGUGUAUCUGGACUGGUCGGCCGGCCGUCUGUCCUUCUACAGUGUCUCUUAUGCACACACACUCACACACUUACACACAUUCAACACCACUUUCACUGAGCCCCUCUACGCUGGAUUUGGGCUUUAUUUUGAUAGUUCACUGUCUGUCUCUGAGAUUAAACCGCGUCCAAUUAGAAACAACUGAGCAAGAUUUAAACUAAUAUUUAACUUAAACUUUACACUGUAAAAUAAUACCAAUUCUGCCUGUCAGCCAGCAUAUAUAUCGUUGUUUCUUAUUAUAUUGUAAUCUGUAAUUAAGUGCAGUUUGUCUGUUACAGCACAUAUCUGGAAUAUUGUGUAAACCGUAUGAGAGUAUAUAUAUUACAUAUUUAAUUUAUAAUAUAUAUUAUAAAAUACAUUUAAUUUAUGCUGUACAAAGGUCAGGAGUCAAUAUUUUUAUUGUCUGCUGAGAGUAUGUCUCUUUUCUUCAGGAUGUGGUUUUAAUUUAUGCUGUACAAAGGUCAGAAGUCAAUAUUUUUAUGACUCCUGAGAGUAUGUGUCUUUUUUCAGGAUGUGGUUUGAAUUUAUACUGUACAAAGGUCGUGGGUGUCACCAAGCCAGCAGAGGGAGCACUGACCUCUGGGUGAUCUGCAUCCACUCCCUCUGCGUUAACUUCCUGUU